CUCUAUAUAUAUCGGUAACAGAACACCAGUCUUCUUCCAAUCAAGCUUAAACAGAGCUCGAUCUUUCUCUUCGACUCUCUGUCUCUGUCCUAGCGAGACAAGCUAAAGGAGAAGGUUCUGAAAGGAUGAGGAUGGUGGAGGGCGAGAAGGAAGAGGCGCCGGCGGCGGAAGCGGAGGGGAAGGUGAUGAGGUGGAGCCCGUACGAGAGGGUGGCGAGGAUGGCAAGCGGGAAUGCGGUGGUGGUGUUCAGCGUCAGCGGCUGCUGCAUGUGCCACGUGGUGAAGCGCCUGCUGCUGGGGCUCGGCGUCGGCCCCACCGUGUACGAGCUCGACCAGGAGAAGGGCGGCCGGGAGAUGCAGGCCGUGCUCGCUCACCUCCUCUCCGGCUCCCCGUCGACGUCGGCAUCGUCCGCCUCCGCCGCUCUCCCAGCCGUGUUCGUUGGCGGCAAGCUCCUCGGCGGGGUGGAGAAGGUGAUGUCGUGCCACAUCAACGGCUCUCUCGUCCCGCUCCUCAAACAAGCCGGUGCUCUCUGGCUCUGAGACUCCAUCAUCUUCUCUUCCUCUUCCUCUUCAACUCUCUCUCUCUCUCAACCACUGUGCAUACGUUUGCGUUAGAACUCUUAUCUUUCUUAGCAGCACGAACGACCAUAGCCUUUGCACUUCACUAGGUCAAUGCUAUCAAACAAAAUUGUGUACCGGUUUGAAAUGAUACUAUCCAUUGCAUGGUAAUGCAAAGU